AUGAGCAGUGCCGCGGAGAACAUUAAAGUUCUCAUCCGCUGUCGCCCAUUAAGUGAAAAGGAGAAGGUGCAGGGGUACAAGUCGUGCGUGGAUGUGGACCUCACCGAGCACAGCGUCACUGUGAGGAGCAUCGUAGGCGAGCCGGACCGGUGGACUUUCGACGCCGUCAUCAACAACACCUUCAGCCAGCGCGACAUUUUUACUCAGUUCAUCAUGCCCCUGGUGGACUCCGUGCUGGAGGGCUACAACGCCACUGUCUUCGCCUACGGGCAGUCAGGGUCUGGCAAGACGCACACCAUGAUGGGGACAAUUGACGACCCCGAGUUGCAGGGGAUAACGCCACGCUGCUUUUCUUACAUCUUUCAGCGUAUCUCCGCCACGAAGGAGGCGUCGCCGAACAGCCAGUUUUCUAUGUACGUCUCCUUCAUUGAGAUCUACAAUGGCAAGGUGCGUGACCUGCUGGCGCGCCAGCAGGUCACGCUUGCGCUCAAGGAAAGCAAGGACAAAACCUUUUAUGUGCAGGGCGCCCACAUCCCGCAGGUGAAGUCCAUCGAUGACAUUUUUCGACACAUGGAGGAUGGAACUGAGCGACGGCGCGUGGCUUCAACAGACCUCAACGCCGACAGCUCACGCUCUCACUCUGUGUUUUCGCUCAUUAUUGAAUGCACGGAAGUCAGCGAGGAUGGGGACACCCGGUCGGUGACGAGUAAGCUGAAUCUUGUUGACCUGGCAGGGUCGGAGCGGCAAAGCAAAACUGGCGCCAUUGGCGAUACCUUAAAGGAGGGGUGCAAUAUCAAUCUCUCGCUUAGCGCGCUGGGAACAGUGAUUGACACAAUUGUUAAAGGUAGGGGGCAUGUGCCGUUUCGUAGUAGCCCCCUCACCAUGCUUCUAAAAGACUCCCUCGGUGGCUCCAGUAAGACGAUCAUGUUUGCAAACAUUGGUCCCAGUGGGCACAACUUUUCUGAGACAGUGAGUACUCUACGCUUUGCGGAUCGCGCCAAACAAAUUAAGAACAAACCUGUUAUUAACAUGGAUACAAAGGAUCAGAAGAUUGCUGAGUUAACAGAGCUUGUGCAUGAACUGCGGGAUAAGUUGAAACUGUAUGGCACAGAAGGCACUUGCGCCCUGGAACAGGAAGUAAGGGAGCUGAGGGAGAAGGUGGAGGAGCUGGAAGUGAGCCUUGACGGUGCCGUGCGGGCGCGUGAGGCGGAUGCCAUUGACUUUGAGAACGCCAAGAUGAAAUUUAAUAUGGAGCGGCAGACCAUCACCAGCAGAGUUGUUGAGCUGGAGGAUCUUAUUUGUCAACUGCAGAAUGAUCUGCAGCUCAUGGAGUCCAGCUUGACUGACGAGCGCAUGCAGCGGGAGGAGGCUCUGCGCCUCUGCUCUCAGUACCUUCGUAGUGAUGAGGAUGAUAAAAACAAAUCCAUUACAACGCUAAACGAGUUGGAGGUGGUGCUACAGGACCGUGCCCACGGCAAGCAUAGCCUGGAAUUGGCGCGCCUUCACAGUGCCGUGCAUAAACUUGAAGCGGAGGCGAAGCAGAUGCGGAAGGAGCACAAGGCUGUGACAAGGGAGUUGGAGGAGAAACUGCAUCAGGCAGAGUCGGAAAUGGACUCAGCGAAGUCAAAGUUGCGCGAGGCUAAUAAGGAGUUAAGUGAACUGCAUGAGGAACAAAUAAAGGCCUCACAAGCGCCUAGUGGCAACGUGGUUGAUAGCAAAGAGGUGGAAGAGCUGCGGGUUGCGCUUGAAAAUUCGUGGCAGCAGUUGCAGGAGAACGGUGUUUUGGCGCAAGUAGAGGAGAGGCUUCAGAAUAUGCAGAGUAGUCAUGAGAAGACUGUAAAGGCCUAUUCGACGCAGUUGCAUAAGGCGAAGGAAGCUCUUAGCAACCCUGGGGCGAAUGACUCAAUUAUUGUGCAGCAACUUCGCUCCAUCCUCGCGGAGGAUGACAAAACCUACGAUGUUGCCCUCACGCACAUGUCUAACAUGCACAGCUUAAUGCAUGACCUGAAAUAUGUCAUGCGAGAGGCACAGACCGCACUGCCUGUAUCCAUCAGUGGCAGCGCCGAUGCUUCACGGGAGGUCAUUAAAAAGAUGGAGGCAGUAGACACCUAUGAGGCUGGGAUGUAUGCAGGAAUGUUGUCAAAUCUGCACAACGCCGUGGACACGGCGCAAACGCACCGCAAUAAGGUUCUUGAUGUCAUUGUGGCCUCGCCGAACACCCCGUCGAACCUCAAGGAUGAAAUAAGUCAUUUGGUGAGCGAAAACGCAGAGUUGCGCCGGAAGUAUAAGGAGGCUGUGCAAGUGGCAGAUGCGGCGCAGGCACGCGUGGUGGAGGAGCAGCGUCGCAGCGUGUCAGAAGAGACGCUGAAGGCCCAGUUUGACGAGGUGCGCAAGCAAUACGAAAAGCGUGAGCAGGAGUUGGUGGCGGCCAUGAAGCCAGAUGAGAGCAAGGGGGAUACAAAGGCGGCGUUGACAGUGUUAAACAAAAAUGUUGCUCAUCACGCUUCUGGUGGUAUCAGCGAGGCAACCCAGAAGAAACUUGACAACCUCCGCAGUGAGUUGGAUGAGGAGCGCGCCAAGAAUGAAGAGCUGUUGCGCUCCAAGGAGGCGCAGCAGGAGGAGCUGAAGACCAUGCGCGUGGAGGUGGCGGAAAGUGAACGCCGCUGCGUGGAUUUGGAGGGGAAAAUGAACGAGAUGGUGAGCGAGUACGAACGGCAGUUAAAAGAUGCACAUGGCAGCACGGAGAGGAUAGCCGAUCUGGCGGUCCGUCUAAAGGAGCGCACGGAUCAGCUCGAACAGAUGCGUGACUUGCUUGCCAAGCAAAAGGCGCUGAUUGUCAAGAGCAACGAGAAGUCUAAAGAAUUUCAGCAAAAGCUGCGGGAGGCCAACGCGGCCACGGAGCGGAUAUCAGAGGAGUACCGGCAGAAGCUGCAGGAACGCGACGAAAACUUCCAAAGUGUGCUGAACCGCCGGCUUGAGGAGUACGCGCAGGAGCAGCGCAGCGAAAUCGCGAAGCACGAUCAUUCGAAGAAGCUGCGAAAGAAGAUCAAGAAGCUUGAGAAUGAUGUGGACCGGCUGAAGGAAGACUACGACCUCAAGGUCUGCGAGUGCGAGGAACAGCGCAACACCAUUGAGGAGCAGAAGGUAGAGCUGAUGCGGCUGCUGCGUCGCAGGGGGCAGACAGAGGAGGAGGCGGAUGUGUAUGAGAAUAAGGAGAUGAUUCGAAAUGCCUUGGAGCGUGCCAAGGAGGAGCAGCGGCGGAAGAAAGACCUCUUUGCUCUCGGCGAGGUGGCCAACGCGCGGCGUGGCGAGUAA